CUUCCGGUUCCUCUCUUCGUUUACACCGUUCAUUCAGUCCUCUGGUAGCUCGCACGGUGGAUUCACUAGUUAAUCCAUUUAACUUCAACCGACACCUGGGGAGAAGCUGUGCAGCUCUUCAAAUACCCGUGCUACUUAUUUACCAGCCGGUGUCCACUACUUUAGCAUAUCUCCGCCAUGGCUAGCUACCAUAAACCGGACGAGAAGACGCUGCAGGGCCUGAAAGACAUCGCUAACAAGUUACGGAUCAACUCUAUCAAGGCAACAUGCGCCUCCAACUCUGGUCAUCCCACCACAUGUUGCAGUGCCGCAGAGCUGAUGUCCGUGCUGUUCUUCCACACCAUGCGUUACAAAGCCACUGACCCACGCAACCAGUGCAACGACCGCUUCGUACUGUCCAAGGGUCAUGCUGCACCAAUCCUGUACGCUGCCUGGGCGGAGGCGGGCUUUGUGAAGGAGGCUGAUCUGAUCAACCUGAGGAAGAUAGACUCUGACCUGGAGGGUCACCCCACACCCAAACUGGAGUUUGUUGACGUGGCAACGGGGUCUCUGGGACAGGGGCUCGGGGCCGCCUGCGGGAUGGCGUACACCGGGAAACACUUCGACAAGUCCAGUUACCGUGUGUACUGCAUGCUGGGUGAUGGGGAGUGUUCGGAGGGGGCUGUCUGGGAGGCCAUGGCGUUUGGUUCCCACUACAACCUGGAUAACCUGGUGGCUAUUAUCGACGCUAACCGUCUGGGACAGAGUGAAGCUGCUCCUCUCAAACACAACAUGGACGUGUACCGUAAACGCUGCGAAGCCUUCGGGUGGCUACUCGUAAGGCGUAUGGCGUGGCCCUGGCUAAACUGGGUCAGUCCAGUCAGAGGGUGGUGGCUCUGGACGCUGACAUGAAGAACUCUACCUUCUCUGAGAUGUUCCACAAGGCCUUCCCUGAACGCUUCGUCGAGUGCUUCAUUGCUGAACAGAACAUGGUGAGCGUGGCGAUCGGCUGUGCCACACGGGACCGCACGGUGGCUUUCGCCAGCACCUUCGCUGCCUUCCUGUCCCGGGCGUACGACCAUAUCAGAAUGGCUGCCGUCUCAGAGUCUAACAUCAACCUGGCGGGAUCACACUGUGGAGUCUCUAUUGGUGAGGAUGGCCCCUCCCAGAUGGCAUUGGAAGACAUCGCCAUGUUUCGCGCUAUCCCAACAUGCACGCUGUUCUACCCAAGUGACGGCGUCUCCACCGAGAGGUCUGUGGAGCUGGCUGCUAACACCAAGGGAAUCUGUUUCCUCCGCAUCACCAGACCAGAACUAAAGGUGAUCUACGACCCCAAGGAGAAGUUUGAGGUGGGCGUGGCCAAGGUGGUGCGUCAGUCCGACAGUGACAAGGUGACGGUGAUUGGAGCUGGAGUGACUCUGCAUGAAGCCCUGACUGCUGCUGACCUGCUGGCCAGCGAGGGAGUGAACAUCCGUGUGAUUGACCCGUUCACCAUCAAGCCCCUGGACGCCGCCACCAUCUUAUCGAGCGCCCGCGCCACCGGCGGGAGAAUCAUCACCGUCGAGGACCACUACAGAGAGGGUGGUCUGGGGGAGGCGGUGCUGUCUGCGGUGGGGGAGGAGCCUGGUAUCAUUGUGACGCGCCUGGCGGUGAACCGUAUACCCCGGAGUGGAAAACCUCAGGAGCUCCUGGACCUGUACGGCAUCAGCGCCAAACACAUCGCCAACGCCGUGCGCCAGACCUUCGCUAACUGAAACAGCUUAUGAGCCCUGGUCUAAAGUAGUGUACUAUAUAGGGUGACAUUUGGGAUAUACACAACUCUUCUCUGC